CGACGCCGCCGCCGCCGCCGACGCCGACGCCGACGCGACGCCGAUCCUCCUUGCACUCAGCCCGCCGCCAUGUCAAGGCCACAACAGGUUGUGCGGCCGAUUGUGCGGUCGUUGCAGCAGGCAACCGGCCGCCCGGCGACAUGUUCGUCCCGACCAAUAAUCGCCCUGCGCCAGUUCUCGUCGACCCCCAGCCGAAAGGAUGAGGUGACGACGACGACGACGACGACGACGAGCACCUCGGCCGAGUCCGUCCAGGAUGCCCAGAAACUCGCCGCCGACGCAGCGCUGCUUGGCCAAAAGAAGCCCUCGCGCAUCCCAUCGACAAUCAAGCAGGGCACCGAGGAGGAGCUGGCCCAGCUUAUGUCACCCCAGCUAGGUUCGAGGAGAAGGCGGGCUGCCCUCGCCACGACUAGCAACAUCCCCUUUGAGCAGCUGCCGUAUCAGUGCUUCCAGGAAGCGCGCAAGAUCCUGGCCCAGGACCGCGAGGAGAAGGUGGCCAAGAUUAUCGCCGAGACGGCAAAGAUCAAGCGGCUCGAGGCGACCGAUGCCAGCGUGUUCCGCGGUGGGGAGGCCUACAAGCAAAGGCGGCUGGAGAGUCUCAGGAAAUAUGUCGAGGAGCUCAAGAUUCUGGCCGACAUCAACGACCCCAUGGUCAAGAGACGCUUUGAGGACGGCCAGGGUGACAUGAACAAGCCCAUCUAUCGCUACCUUGCCCAUCGCAAAUGGUGCUCAAUGGCGCGCAAGAUUAUUAUCCAGCGUAUCGAGCAGUUCCACAUCGUGCCCGAUCUCCUGCCCAAGUUCGAGCCCGUCAUGGAUGUGAGGAUGACCUUCCGCGGCUACAAGGCGCCCCCCGGCGCCAUCAUGGACAGCCGCAUCACCGAGAACCCCCCUACGCUGCACAUGCAGGUCUUCGACAAGGGCGAGCGCCUCUUUUCCGUCGUCGUCAUGGACGCCGACGUGCCGGAUCCCGAGACCGACUCGUUCAAGAAGCGCCUGCAUUACAUGGCGACCAACAUCACCUGGAGCCCCACCAAGGAGACUCUCCCGCUGGGCCAGAUAGGCAGUGAGGCCUCCUCCGGCUCCGCUCCCGGGACCGGCGCCCUCGCCGUCCCCUGGCUGCCGCCCACCGCCCAGAAGGGCGCGCCCUACCACCGCCUGGCCGUCUUCGUCCUGCAGCACAAGGACAACGCGCCGCUCGACACGGCCAAGCUCCGGGAGCUCUACGACGGCCAGGGCCGCGACGGCUUCAGCCUCAAGAGCUUCCGCGACAAGUUCAACCUCAACCCGGUCGGCUUCACCAUGUUCCGCACCGUCUGGGACGACAACAUGGCCGACGUCAUGGCCCGCCACGGCAUCCCCGGCGCCGACAUCGAGUUCAAGCACAAGCGCGUCUACUCGCUCAAGCCGCCGCGCAAGGCCCGCGGUUGGGAAGCCAAGCGCCAGGGCCCCAAGUACCGCCAUCUCUGGAAGUACACCAAGCGGAUCAAGGGCAUCAAGUUCUAAGAGAUGGAGAGGGAAAGAGGCCAAGAUAGGGCUCGCGUCAUGUACUUGUAUCAUAUCACCAGUGUACCAGAUACGAAUAGAAUGGUUUGGAUCCGGGGCC